AUGCAGGAUAAAGCCACAUUGCACGUCAAUCACUGCAAACAAAGCAACGCUGCAACGUCCAACAGCGCAGGGGCGAAUGGCUCAUCCUGGAGCCUGGUCCGGCUCUUAGACUCAGAAGUAACGGAAUUGCUUCGGGAGCAGAGGGAGUUUCUGGCCAAAGCCCAGGCAAACGAAAUCCGUGCAUCCAUAUUUUUACGUUUGCGACUAAGCGCCCAACAGAAACUGGUGGCGCAGCGAAAUCAAUUCUCCGAGCGUUGGGCCGUACAGAACAAACGCAGAACUAGUGCCAUGUCCUCUGCCAUGGCGCGUACGCCCAAUGCGGCUGGGCCUCCGGAGGAUUUGGACUCGAACCCCGAAGAAGAGGGAGAAAGAGAGGAAGGGUGGCAAUGUCGGGGCUGUUUGCGCAACUAUAACGAUGCAUCCGCUUUCACACGUCAUAGAAGUCACUGCGCAAAAUAUAUCCUGCCCAAAAAAAAACAUGUUGGCGAAACGGUGUCUCUCACUGCAAGUUCUUCCCAUGUUGGAAUGAAAAGUCGCCAACUGUUUUCUACAUCGUCUGUUGGAUCCACAUUUAAAGCAGAACUGGAAUUCACCAGGCAGCGGCUGGACUCUGCGGGGGUUGGCUUAUCGCGUGCAGAAGCAAUCAAUAAUUGUGGUUUAUCUUCUAUUCUCAAUGCAUCUGGCUUAUCUCAUUCGGAACAGACGCGGCGAAAUACUGCCUUUGGGAGCGAUUCUGCCUUGCCAGGAACGGGUUCUUUACCAGCUGAAACUAAAAGCCCCAACCGUUCGCCUUCGAUUCAUUGUUUUUCUGCGUUGGAAGAACGAAGGGACGAGCGUGUGGAAGAGGAUGGUAGGAAGGACGCUGCUCCCAUUUUCUCCUUGUCAAGGGAGUUGACGCCUUUUUCGUCCGAGCUACUUUCGCAGCCAAAAAUAUCCCCCAGUGGCAGAGCUUCAAUUGAUGAUGUGCCGGCGGCCGUUGCGGAUCGGGCGUCGUUUGAAAAGCCCGCAUCUCUUCCCAUGUGGGUAUCUUUGGCUGGUAAUGCGAAGUUUGGCGAGGAUGGAGACAGCACAGCAGGUAAAACUCAAAAGUCACUCUCUUUCGCUCAGAGCAAGGUGGUGUUUAAUGGAAAUGGCGUCAGCGGUACAAAAAUACAAGAGGAAACAGAGAACAUGGACGAGCCACUGCGGCCUUGUCCACACUGUGGUCGACAUUUUUUUGCAGAGACACGCUGGCCACGUCACGUGGCGGUGUGUGAGCAACAGCAGCAACAACAGCGCCAACGAAAAAGUCAGGCUGAAUCCUCACGGAGUGUACAGAAACCCUUUUCCCAGCGUGUGUCUCGCUCAAGCAACAUGGAAAGCAUGAACUUUAGCGGUAGUUUUCAAGAGGCCUUGCAAACCCCUUCGUCGAAUAGAGGAAAAGCGGGGAACGCUGCAACCAGUGCUACGGAGAAAAAGUCUUCCAAGUGGCGACAACAGCGAGCACAGCUCCGACAAGCGCUGCAGUUAGGUAGUGCACGCUCACAAAACAAUUCUUUAAAAAGUGUUGGAGACAUCGAUGUGUUUGAAGACGAUCGUGUGGCCUGUCCUGCAUGUGGUCGUCGUUUUGCCCCAGCAACGGCUGAGCGACACAUACCGUUUUGCCAGGAGCGUCGCAGCGGACCCAAAACGAUGCGUAUCUAA